AAAGCUUUCCCACUUUAACCAAGCAGGUAGUCACUGGUCAGUGUUUUUACAUGGUUAUAUGCUGAUAAUGUGCACGAGCCGUGGGGGGAAUGUCUAUUAGUCCUUUAAAGUAAGAUGUUGUAGCGCAGCGACAGCCUGCAGACGGUUCUCUGUGCAGGACGAGGCUUGUUGUGGCUCUUUCAGUUCGCUCCUCCUCACUCAUGUCAUCUGUCACACUUUGUUUGAGCCGGGGCUUCUGUGCAGCAGCAGCGAACAGGACGCGUCCUGCAGACGGACGUGUUCAGUUAAGUGUGCGUCCUGGUGAAAAUGCAGCAGUAGCUCUGUUCAGGCGAGCGUCUUCUUUGUGGCGCCAUGCUUCCCGUGGCCUUUUCUCCCGCGGUGGCGGCGGCGCCUCUGAAGAGCAGCAGACUCUGCAGGACGUUGCUCGGAGCAUCCGAGAGCGGCGCUGCAAGAGGGUGGUGGUGAUGGCCGGAGCCGGGAUCAGUACUCCCAGUGGCAUCCCAGAUUUCAGGUCUCCAGGCAGCGGCCUCUAUGACAACCUGCAGCAGUACGACCUGCCGUAUGCCGAGGCCAUAUUCGAGAUCAACUUCUUCCACAGAAACCCAAAGCCCUUCUUUGCCCUGGCCAAAGAGCUGUACCCCGGAAACUACCAGCCCAACCUGACGCACUACUUUGUUCGCCUGCUGCACGAGAAGAAUCAGCUGCUGCGGAUGUACACGCAGAACAUAGACGGCCUGGAAAGACUGGCGGGGAUUCCUCCAGAGAUGCUGGUGGAGGCUCACGGGACCUUCGCCACGGCCACCUGCACCGUGUGCCUCCGGAAAUAUGAGGACAAGGACCUCCGACCAGACGUGAUGAGUGGGAAAGUGCCCAAGUGCCCCACCUGUAAGGGCGUGGUCAAGCCGGACAUCGUGUUUUUUGGGGAAGAGCUCCCUCGACAUUUCAUGAAGUACCUCACAGACUUCCCGCUGGCGGACCUGCUCAUCGUCAUGGGCACGUCUCUGGAGGUGGAGCCGUUUGCCAGCCUGGCCGGAGCCGUUCGCAGCUCCGUUCCCCGCCUGCUCAUCAACAGGGACGCCGUGGGGCCCUUCGCCUGGAGCCGCCGGCUGCAGGACGUGGUGCAGCUCGGUGACGUGGUCGGCGGCGUGCAGGCCCUGGUGGACGCCCUCGGCUGGCAGCCAGAGCUGGACGCUCUGAUGGCGGCCAGUGCACAGAAAGCGGCAACAAAAGCGGAGGAGUGACAGGUCGCCUCUGCUCGCCGCUAAAGGUUUGACUUUUUCACAAAAAUAAGCAAACUGGGCGUUUGUGUCGACCGGCAGAGGAAUCAGCCACAGCAUCGUCAGGCCCGACCGCUUCAGAGAUGAUACGCAGAAAUGUAGAGGAUUUGAUGGAGAAUCUUGGAUGCUAAUGCCGAACACGGGACGGUGGGGAAACAGGAACGGCAGUAAAAUGUGUGAAAAGAAAAGAGAACAACUUGGCCAAGUCGAGGAACAUUAAACAUUUUUUGAACGUUUUUAAUGACUUUUGAUCAGUGUAAAUGAGCACCAUGACACAUUUUAAAAAUGCCUGCUUUUUAUUACUUCUAAAUGUCAAUAAUCAUAGAUCCUUCAUUAAAAGUCAUACCUACAACAACAUCAAUGUAAACAAGAAAUGAGAAGAAUCAUCCAAAUGUAGCACUGGAGAUCAAAAUGUGAGAGAAAAUGUGGCUGAAUAAGUAUUGAUAAUCAUUUGAUAGUUGAAUAAAAGUAAAGAAAAAUAUAAAAUAAUGUUUUGAUUGAGUUUUUUUUUCCCAUUUUGUGUUGAUUUCUGAAAGCUUUGACUUGAUUUUCUUGAUCUGAGGAGUUUUGAUUGUCCAUCCAUCUUCUUUGCCACUUCUCUCUUUCGGGGUUGCGGGUGGCUGGAGCCGAUCCCAGCUGCUGCAGGCGAGGGCAGGGUACACCCUGGAC